CUGCCCUUAGCUUCUCCACACCAUUAACAAUGGCCGUCGGGAAGAACAAGAGGAUUUCGAAGGGAAAGAAAGGUGGCAAGAAGAAGGCUGCGGAUCCAUUUGCAAAGAAGGAUUGGUAUGAUAUUAAAGCUCCUUCUGCUUUCUCUGUUAAGAAUGUGGGCAAGACUCUUGUUAGCCGAACUCAGGGUACCAAGAUUGCUUCGGAAGGACUCAAACAUCGUGUUUUUGACAUCUCACUGGCUGAUCUUCAAGGCGAUGAGGAUUAUGCUUUUAGAAAGAUCCGGUUGAGAGCCGAGGAUGUUCAAGGGAGGAAUGUUUUGACAAAUUUUUGGGGAAUGGAUUUUACAACAGACAAGUUAAGGUCUUUGGUGAGGAAAUGGCAAACUUUGAUCGAAGCUCAUGUGGAUGUGAAGACAACUGACAACUACACUUUGAGGAUGUUCUGCAUUGGGUUUACCAAGAGAAGACCAAACCAAAUUAAGAGGACUUGUUAUGCCCAAUCCAGCCAGAUUAGACAGAUACGCCGAAAGAUGAGGGAGAUCAUGACAGCCCAAGCAACAUCUUGUGAUCUCAAGGAGUUGGUACGCAAGUUCAUUCCUGAGAUAAUUGGCAAAGAGAUUGAAAAGGCAACUUCAAGCAUCUACCCUUUACAAAAUGUCUAUGUUCGGAAAGUCAAGAUUUUGAAAGCUCCAAAAUUUGAUCUUGGAAAGCUUAUGGAGGUACAUGGAGAUUAUUCAGAAGAUGUUGGUACGAAAUUGGAGCGGCCUGCUGAUGAAACAAUGGCCGAGGCUCCUGCUGAAGCUGCUGCAUCAACUUGAAAUGAUUUUUGUUUUUGCAAUUUAUUUACUGUUUAGGUCUUUUUUUUUUAAAAAAAAAAAAAGGAAAAAUUAAGCUGCAGUCAAAAAUUGCAGUACGUUUUUGAAUUAUAAUUGAGAUUGACAGUUCUGUUGAGUUCCUCUUUUUGGCAUUUUUAUUCAAAUAGUCAAUUUACUUCGUCGCCAGAAAA